AUGGAUAAUAAAUUGUUGUUUGGACCGGAAGAAUUCUACGAGGACAGCGCGAAGGACUUGAGAGCUUACUUGGAAGAAAUUUCGAAAUAUUGGGAGAAUGAACUUGAUCACAAUUUUUGCGGCUCAACGCCUUCAUUACGUCACGGAUUGUACGACUACUUUGAAUUCAUUAUGAAAACAAAUUUACGAAGAUUUAUUGUCUCAUACCUUGGAAUUGCGUUGUGCAAACGCGAUACAACGUCAAAUUUGAAUGAAACGAAUCAAAUAACCUCGAGAUUUCUUAAUGAAUCAGUAAAUUACAUCGAAUUAAUUGGACAGUCGAUUCACAAAUUGACGCAUUAUUUGUACGAAUGCCCACAAAACGCCGCAGAAAAAAGUAUGAUUCGGGUAAGAUUAAUUGAGGAGAGGAGUCUAAGUAACUCUAGCAGACCUUGUAGUUAUAAUUGCGAUCUAAAGAGUAUUGGAAAAAAAUUUAACAAUACACAAUGUGCAAAAGCUAUUGACUGUCGAUACGUAUCAAAUGGUUUCGAUGUUUGUCAAAAGAAAAAUAGUUCAAGAAGAUACGAAUGGAUUAAAGAUUACGAUGGUAACAUAUACGGUAAAAGUAUGAGUAUUAAGAAAAAUAAUAUAUGUCAAGGAAAAAUUACAAAAUUGAAUAGUGAGUUUUUGUGGUACAACGGGUAUUAUUGUGAUUACUGUGUUUGUACAUGUGUGGAAAAACCCAAGCGCUCAAAUCAUGUUGUCACGGCGAUAAGCUUCCGGGAUCAAACCUCAGAUAUUUAUAAUGAUUGGGUAGUCACAGGUAUAAGAUUUGUUAGAAAAGAUUAUUUGAUACACCUUCAAAUACAAGAAGGACUUUUGUUGCCAUAUGGUAAAAUUGGCACGACAAGAUGGCGGCCGCUUGAUCGAUUUGAAUACAAUGAAAUGGAGGGUAGAUAUUAUCGCGUUUUUGAAAGAGAUAGCAAAUUAGGUAGAAUAGUAGAAUAUUUGCCAAUGAGAUUGGGAAGUGACUACGGACGUGCGGAAACUGUUAACUUGGAUGACGUAAUGGCUCCAGGAAGUCACGUGGUCACGGGAGUAAGAUUUAGAUUCAGCUGGGACUCAAUUGGGACACCAAGACGGAAACGUGGACCCAUUGAGUUGCAUAUUCGAGUGACGAAAAUGGAUUUUGCAAAAGGCCGGCUACUUAAUCUUAAUAAUUCUUGGUGGAUUACUCCAGAUUAUCAUGAUUCGAGAGGUGAGUUGGCACUGAAGAACCCAGACGACCCGAGAAAUGCCUGGGAACAAGGGGGAAGCGUUUCGACAGCCACGAGUGUGCGAUUCCGUGCUUCGGAUUGGGUGAAAGACGCUGGGCAGUCGACGGUUCCCUUUUUUGAUGGAAGGGACACGAGCUUUACACCCGCAGCUCCUCUUCAGGGCCUUGGGGUCUUUCAUCUUGGGCACGAAGGCUUCGGUGGCUAUUUAGCCCUCCGCAUAUUUGAUUUUGAUAUGUCUCCAUUUUUUAAUUCUCAUUUCACUGACCCUAAUUUAUAAUGCGCUCUAAUUAAACCUUUUUCCUGUUGAACUUCAAAAAA